ACCCUGUUCUGCCCUCGUGCUGCUUUCUUACAUCCUGUUAAAAAAAAGUCUAAUGUGACGUCACGGAACCUCCAAAUGACCAAAUAAGGAAAGUGACACACGCUAAAGGAAUGUGUUCAACUCAGAUUUCAUUUUAAUGAUCCGAAGAGACGAAACACACGAUCACAACUUUAACUACUGUUACACACACACACACGCACACACACACACACACUCUGAAGGCUGCGUGUGUUAGUGUGUUUUAGUGUUACUGUGUGUGUUACUGUGUGUGUCUGUGUUAGUCUGUGUGAGUUUUAGAGAAAGAAAAGAGGAAGUAGCUCCGCCCUCAGUCCGCCUGCAGGAGGAGAACAGCUCGGAGCUUCACAGGUCGCGAAGGAGAAACUGUGACUGAGAACAGGCUUCUGUCCCCGGCGUGGAUCAGCGCAAAGCCCCGCUGCUGCUCUCCGUGAGUCCGCUCCACCAUGAGCUCCAUGUGAACAACUUUAUACUGAAGACACAACUGUUGCUCACAGGAUCGGCUCUCAUCGGCUCUCAUCGGCUCUGGGCCUUGGCAGCUGCAACACUCUUCAGGUCCCAGACUAUCUUUGGUCCGGAUCGGUCCCGGAUAAAUCCCGGAUCAGACCCGGCUCGGUAACAAUGAGCGGAGAGGAGGAGAGAUACAAACUGGUGGUGGUGGGAGGAGGAGGGGUGGGCAAGAGCGCGCUGACCAUCCAGUUCAUCCAGUCCUACUUCAUCUCCGACUACGACCCGACCAUCGAGGACUCGUACACCAAGAUCUGCUCUGUGGACGGAAAGGAGACCAGACUGGACAUCUUGGACACAGCUGGUCAGGAGGAGUUUGGAGCGAUGAGGGAGCAGUACAUGAGAUCAGGAGAAGGAUUCUUACUCGUGUUCGCUCUCAACGACCGGGGCAGCUACCAUGAGGUGCAGAAGUUCCACACUCAGAUUCUGCGGGUGAAGGACAGAGACGACUUCCCGAUGGUGCUGGUGGGGAACAAAGCGGACCUGGAGCAGCAGAGAGUGAUCUCCAGAGAGGACGCUCAGGCGUUCGCCUCAGAGAACAGGAUCCACUACAUGGAGGCGUCGGCCAAGAACCGCUAUAACGUGGACGAGUGCUUCCUGGAGCUGGUUAAGAUCAUCAGACGGUUUCAGGAGAUGGAGAGUCCUCCUCUUCCGGCUCACCACACGGGCAAACAGAAGGGAGGGGGCUGUCCCUGUGUCCUCCUCUGAGGAUGGUUACCAUGGAGACCACAGUCUCAUCCCACUGCAGCUCAUCCAAAGAGGAGCGUGUGCGUGUGCGUGUGUGUGCGUGUGUGCGUGUGUGUGUGUGUGUGUGUGUGUGUGUGUGUGUGUGUGUGUGUGUGUGUGUGUGUGUGCGUGAGAGAGAGAGAGAGAGAGAGAGAGAGAGAGACACGGGGUGCAUUAUUUUUUUUAUUUGCACUUUUUACCAAAGUCAUUUUUUUGUGUCUCCGGUCAGCACUGUGACUGAUUAACAUAUUUACAAUGUUCUACUUUAUUUCAAAAUGUCUGUGACAUUUCAACAUGUGGCAACACCUCUCACAACGGUCAUGCUACACGUCCGCCAGCAGGGGGCAGCAGACAAAGGUGGACAAACAGCAGGUGUCAGCGAGGACGAGUGUCGCUGUAAAUAACCUUCAUGUCUGUCAACCUGUAGCGUUAGGGGUGAUACCUGUGUCACACCUGUUUCAUACCUGUGUCACACCUGUUUCAUACCUGUUUCAUACCUGUUUCAUACCUGUAAUCUGUCUCAUCUGUGAUGCUCGUUAGGGGCGGGGUCUUGUCAGCAGAUACUGCCCCCAUCAUUUGUGAUGUGUUUUAGGCCACAAUUCAUCCUGUACACGAGAACGAUCCUCUGACAACAGGGUCGUUUAUUUUGUUUUCAAUUGUUGUAGUGGUGCAGUAAAGGGUCGGGGUCAGAGGUCAAACGCUCAGUUUGUCUUUAGAACAUCAUAUUUAUAUCUCCUUUUAAAAACAUCCUGAUUUUUAUAUUAAAGUUCAAACUUCUUUUAUCAAUAAACUUUAAAUCAAA